ACACAUUUAUUGUUUGUUAUCUUCUCUCACACACUGAUCUCCUGCAGUUUGCACCAGCAACAAAGACACUUCACCGACCAACAUGGACUUCAGAAAGACACUGAUAAACAAGAGAAAAUACAUUAUUAUUGGCGCUUUAUCUGUAUCUGUUGUGACCAUCAUAUUAGGACUGGGUCUAGGCCUCGGACUUCAGCUGCAACAGUGCAAGAACAAGUUGCCAGAAACAUGUCGGAACAGCUGCUGUUAUGAUUUUAUGGACAUCUGCCUCCAGCCGAUUGAGAGCUGGGAGUGUACGCCAUUGCGUUGUGGUGAAAAGCAUAUUUCUGAUAGUAAGUGCCACUGCUCUUCUGACUAUCUGGGUGCUGGUGACUGCUGUACAAACUAUGGUAUUGUUUGCAAUGGAAUGACGCCAUGGGUUCAGGAUCAGUGUGUGAAAAUGAGCGGCCCUAAAUGUCCUUCUAGUUUUAAAAGGCAGCCUCUGCUACUCAUCUCUCUUGAUGGAUUAAGGGCAGAGUAUCAGCACACAUGGCACUCACUAAUUCCAGUCUUGGAUAAGCUACGAGAAUGUGGAACAUCUUCUGCCUUUAUGCAGCCUGUAUUUCCAAGUAAAACCUUCCCUAACCACUACUCCAUUGUCACGAUCAAUUCCCUUUGAGCAGAGAGUUUUCACCGUACUGCAGGUUACAGUUGCCUGAUGAUCAGCGUCCUGAUUUCUACACUCUCUAUCUGGAGGAGCCAGAUAAAUCAGGACACAGCUUUGGACCUGUCAGUGGAGGGGUG